CAAAGUUCUCGGUUAAACCCGCUUUUCCCCCCCAAAAGCCUCCAGAUGAGCUGUCUUCUGUAGUUUUUGCUCUUAGCUUGUAUUUAUGAGAAAUCCAGCAGCUCAACAUCCUUUGACCCAGAUCUUUGCCUGGUGAGUACCAACCCCGGUGGGGCUGGGUGCGUGACUUGUCAGGUGGAGGCAGGAUUUGUGUUGCCAAGUCUUGUUCUGCUGGCCCAGCGCUUAGCUGGUGUGGAUUGAGAAGGAAAACCUUGCAGUGCCUGGGGAUUAGUGGCAGGAAUGCAGAUUUCCCUGGGUGCAGCGAGGUGGGGGACGCUGGUGGUCCUGGAGGUCUGCCCGUUCCAGAGUUCAUGGGCCUGUCUUGUGCUUCGGAGUCAAGAGACUGGAUCUGGGAAUGUGGUGUCCUACGCAGAGAAUAUGGAGACUGGAAUUCAGGGAAGAAAUGCAACUGAAAGUCUCUGGAUUCAGCAAAACUGGUAUAAAUAUUUGGAGCCAGACUUUUGCCAGGGAAUACGGCUUGACUCAAAUGCUUUGGCCACCUAAUGAGACGGAAGGACUCACUGGAGAAGGGCCUGAUGCUGAGAAAGAGCAAUAGAAGAAGGGGAUGACAGGGAAGGAGGUGGCUGGAUGGAGUCACUGAAGCAGCAGGCGUGAACUUAAAUGGACUCCAGAAGAUGGUAGAGGACAGGAAGACCUGGAGGAACGUUGUCCAUGGGGUCGCGAUGGGUCGGACACAACUUCGCAAUUAACAACAACGGCUUGACUCAUUUAUGCGAGUUGCCUGCAACUGGGCUAUCCCUUUAGUUGAAUGCUUUCCUGCCAUACUUGGUCCUUCUCUCUGAGGCAGAGUCCCCUGGGAUCAUGGCUUCUGUAUGGCUGGACACCCUUGCCUUCUCCUUGGAGGGCUAGACUUGAUAGCCUCUGAGCUCCCUUCCUGACCUCCGAUCCAGAGCAGGAGUCAACCUGGGCAGGAACGGCCCCUGUUUCCUAGCAACUGGCCACCAGCUCCUCUAUGGAUUCCAGAAAGCCUUGGAACAAAAGGCUCUUGAAACUACUCCCCCCUCCCCAAUCCUACCAGCCGAGCUUUCCAGUAGCUCUGGAGAACAGACCAGGCCUGUCCCUGCCAGGAAUGCCCCGUCAGCUAUUUCUGCCUAAUGGAACUGGCAUUGAUCUAUCACUGCUGGGCUCUGGGUAUCUGCACCACCUCUGCUUUCGCUCUCAAUGAAAUCCGCAGUGGAAGGGGGGGGGAUAGUGUGAGAAGCCCACACAGCCUCUCUGGCAAGGAGUAUCUGGAGACACUCUGCACACCUGCUCUCUAUAAUUCAAGGAAAGAAAAUUCAAUAAAGGGGAAUAUUUGUAGCUCACAGUUGAACGGAGACUCCUUGCUGCUCUCUGAGCUCGGCUGUUCUCUGGAAGAUGUUUCACGGCCCAAAGUAGCUAACAUCAUCAGGCUGGUGGGGCUUGCUGCAAAUGCUCCUUCUAGCACUGGUGAUGUUACCUAGUUGACUAAUGAAAUGUCUGCAAGAAAACAACAAAGUGCAGAGAGUAUUAAGGACCCCUCAAAGAAAAUUCAGUGUAGUCUGUAUCCAUUCCUUGCCUCACCUCCAUCAGCCUGGGCCUCAGGACCUCCGUCCUGCCACUGAGCCGUGGCUGUUGUUGUGUCCUUUCCGUGGCAGGCCUCAGGAGUCGAGUGUCCUAUGGCUCCCGCAGUCAUAGCCUUGCAGUGGGUCAGAUUCUUGGGUCCAGCAAGACCAUCUGCUUUAGAUUGAAGCUGCAAUUCUGGCAAAUAAUAGCAACAGCUGCAUCCUUGUUUACUUUUAAUUUAUUUUUGUCUUUUCUGAUUUUCAAAGUGAGACUGCUAUUUUUCUGCGCACCAGCCUGUUCUGUACCUGAUUUGUUUUUCCAAAUGCCACAAGGUUCAGUCCAAGUUCUUUAAAAACAAAACAUCCACCAAUUAGUGGUACCCCAAAUUAAGCCGAAGGCAGUCAGUGGCCUGGAAUCUCAAAAAGAGAACUUAACAGAAAUUAUGCUGGAGUUAUCGGUUUGAGACGGAGGCUCACAUGUCCAUGAACAGAAACUGCGGCUUCUCAGUAUGCAAAGUGUUUCUCCCGAGCAGCUGAAUGUUGUGCCCGGUAUCAGAUUACAGGUUUGGAAGGAGAGAAUUGUGCCUGCCCUCUGCAAAAAUGAACUCAGCCUUCCAUCCUUCCGGGUGCCUGCCUUUGCAAUGUACAAGGUGGGUCCGGUGCCUCCGGAUUUGUCUGGCUCAACUCCGUGCUGCGAGGAGACCCCUGACGCUUAUUGCCCAGAGGAUGACCGGUGGCAGAGGCUGCGCACAGCUGUCCGGAAGCUGGAAUUCUGGGAAAACUUUGAGGCGGAGCUGAUAGGCAGCGGCUUCUUUUCCAAAGUCUUCAAGGUCACUCCGCGUCCUGGGGGGAAGGCCACGCUGGUCAAGAUGGUGGUCAAGAUUUACAAGAACGAUGCUGACCAGGAGGGGAUUGUGCGCGAGAUCAGCUUACUGCAGAAGCUCUCCCACCCCAACAUUGUCAGGUACCUCGGGAUCUGUGUGAAGGAUGACAAGCUGUACCCCAUUCUGGAGUUUGUGAACGGGGGAUGCCUAGAAGAGCUGCUGGCCUGCAAAGACGUCUCCCUGGGCUGGAAGGAGAAAGUGGACUUGGCCUCGGACAUCACCCGCGGGAUGGCCUACCUCCACUCCAGGAACAUCUAUCAUCGCGACCUCAACUCCAAGAACUGCCUCAUCCGAGUGACCCAGCGAGGGCGGGAGGCGGUGGUGACCGACUUCGGGCUGGCCAAGGAGGUGGCAGAGUUCUCGGCCAAGGAUCCGGAGAGGAAGCUCUCGCUGGUGGGCUCAGCCUUCUGGAUGGCUCCCGAAAUGCUGCGGGGAGAACCUUACGACCAGAAGGUGGACGUCUUCUCCUUCGGCAUCGUCCUCUGUGAAAUUCUGGGCAGGAUUCCCGCCGACCCCGAGGUGCUACCACGGACCCAGGAUUACGGACUGGAUGUGGCUGCCUUCCACAGCAUGAUCCGAGAGUGUCCCAGGCGAGUUUUAGAUUUGGCUGCCAGCUGUUGCAGGAUGGAAGCCUUCAAACGCCCCUCCUUCUCUGAGAUCCUGGAGGAACUGGAGGACACGGCGGAACGGCUGGAGUUCCUGAAGGAGCAGCAGCCCUCAGGGACCCCAGCUGGGCUGAGUCAUUGCGGUUCUGCCACGGGGAGCAGGAGGUGGGGGGACAGGGGGUCCCCAGGAAGACACAGGUGGGAAAAGGCUUGGGUAGCUGGUCCCACAGGGAAGGGUUUGAGAGGACUUCCAAACCCAAGGAACAGAGAGACCCUGAACCCAUUCCAAACUGCAAGCACUUGAGUCCAUCCUUGUGAACCCCCCAAGGCCGUGUGCAUCCCAUAAUAGCCUUCCGAAAGGUCCUGGGGCUGGUGGCCGGCCUUCCGAAGCUGAGGACAGCGCUGCAUCCUCUCCAGAUCAAGGCUGAAAAUGGAUCUCUCUUUGUAAAUCAAUAAAUAGCCUGUGAGCUUUUCCCAGAAACUUCUUAAAAA